AUGGGUCGAGAAAAACGUAUGAGAUUGCCAGUUGGGCUAUUGAAUUCUGAAUUCCGUAAAAAGCGUGAAAUUGUUAAUACAGGAUAUGGCACCAUUAAUAAUAUCGAUAGUGAUCAUAGCGAUACAGAUGAUAAUUUCACGGAUCCACUUGACGUUCAAACUAUUUCAAAAGAAUUAAACGACGAAGAAUUGGAAAUUCUGGCAAGAAUCGUGCAAGAUCAGUUAGAUCGAUAUGUUCCCGAUGUACCAGUUGAUGAGUAUCGAAUUGUAAAGCUUCCCCAAGGUUCAGGUAAAAAACCGAUAUCAUCUUCAUAUGUCAACAAUAUCAAUGAUAAUUCGCAUAAAUUAGCUAUUCUGGGUGAUAGUGACCAACCGAAACUUGUGCUUCCUGUGAUUGAGCUUCCUUCAAAUGAUAUCUAUGAAAUGAACACGAAUGAACAGAUAGAAGAAGUACCUGAGUAUGUUUUUCUACCAGCAAAGAAAGUGAUCACAGUACCAACAAAUAGUGCAGAAAAUGAAUUAAUUCCGAUAGACGAAGACACGUUAAAUGAGUACGAGCUCAGAAACAGGAUAGCCGGAUUAGCCAACGCACUCAACGAACGUGCUACUCGAGCUUUAUAA